GCUCUUUUUCUUGCUCAUUCGCCUCAGGGCGUUGUCCCUUCUGCAACUUCUCAUCGGGGUUUCCAGUUGUUUCCCGGAGUCUCCGAGGGACUCCCAUCUCCCUCCUUCUUUCCAAAUCCUUGGACGGUUUGACCUUUCAUAGCCGAUUUGAUCUGAUUCAUCGCGGCCUUCAUCCCUAACCGUUUGGUCUCACCUUUCAAUUUAUCGUUGUGGAUCCAAACAUGGUGGUUCACUCAUUGAAAAUGUUAUAACUCGGCUUCUUGUAGAGAUCUGUUCGGUAUCCCAACCUUUACUAUUCGAACCUGCUGUUUUUUGUUUGUUAUUUAGCUGUUUACAGUUCUCGGUCAUGGCGAUCCGGCUCACCGUCGCUUACACCGGCCACCUCACCCAUAAUCUUGCCUCCUCCGCUUCCUCCAAGGCAGGAAACUUCCGAUUGUUCAAUGAAUUCCUCUCGACCCGCUCCCGGUUCUUCCAGAUCCCGGAUUCGAAGACCUUUGAUUUCCGACGGACUGAGCCCGUUAGUCCGUACUUGUCAAGUAGGCCAGCUUUUUCUGGGGCAUCUGAUGAGUUCAUCGGUGGAAGUUCUAGGACGUUUCCCCCGAUCGCUGGAUUGGGUUCGUUGUUGAAGUCAUCUUCUCAUGGGGUUUCCAAUACGAUCGCUGUUUCACCCCUCAGGAGGGCGUCGAUCGUCCCCUUUCUGGAAGUGUCAAAAUGGUUGCCGGGUGGAGAGUCUGAGGCUGGUGCAUCUGCCAGUGCUCAUCAGGUGGAUAAGGGCGUGACAGUUCCUCAGUCGAACAAGGAGGGUUCUGUCUCCGUGGCUAUCUUGUCCAAUGGCUUGAUGCUCUCAAAGGGGACCUCAACUUGGUUCUCGAAGAUGCUUAAUGCCUGCUCGGAGGAUACAAAGGCCGCCUUCACAGCUUUGAGUGUCAGCAUACUGUUUAAGUCUUCUCUUGCGGAGCCUAAGUCUAUCUCUUCCAGUUCUAUGUACCCUACUCUCAAUAUGGGUGACCGCAUAAUGGCAGAGAAGGUUUCUUACAUGUUUAGGAAGCCCGAAGUUUCAGACAUUGUGAUUUUCAAAGCUCCUUCGAUUCUUCAGGAGUUCGGCUUUAGUUUGGGAGAAGUGUUCAUAAAAAGGGUCGUAGCGACAGCUGGUGACUAUGUUGAAGUUUGUGGUGGGAAACUGCAUGUGAAUGGUGUUGCUGAAGAUGAAGAAUUCAUUCUAGAGCCCCUUGCUUAUGAAAUGGAACCAGUGCUUAUUCCUGAAGGCCAUGUGUUUGUUCUGGGGGACAACCGCAACAAUAGCUUCGACUCUCACAACUGGGGUCCACUUCCGGUUGAAAACAUAAUUGGCAGAUCAGUUUUCCGGUAUUGGCCGCCCUCUAAAGUAUCAAGCACUCUGCAUAGCUCACAGAUGAAGAUGAAUGAUUUUGCCUUUUCUUGACCCUUUUCCCCUCCUCCUCCUUCUAGAAGGAAGAUAUCUAACUACUCACUGCAACUCUUGAUUACUUUGCCAUCACUUUCCAUGCCCUAUUAUUGGCUGGUAGAGAUGGUUCCAACUCUGGGUGAAGUUUUGAAGUAUGUCGAUAGAUGUGCUUAAACAUCUUUGUUUUUCUUUUCGAUUGUUAGUGUCGUGAAAAGUUGCUACUUUGGUCCCUUGUUUAUCCAUCCUUUCGUAAUGUGACCUUCAAUUGUACAUCUCAUGCAAUCCAACCCCUUUGUUAAAAUAUAGUUGAUUCAGGUCUACAAAAGUGGAUGCGAGAGACUGAGUUGAUGACAUUUUAAGCUAGGGGUUGGAUUGCAUGAAUGGACAACAAAUGGUUGCGCUACAUAUUCAAGAACACUUGAGGGGCCAAAACAACAAUUUCCACUCAAUUUAUGUUAAUGGCUGUCCAUAUAUCAUUGGCUUGUUUUUUGGAACUAGGGUGGUUGAGAAAUGAGUAUGUAUAUAUUUCUCAUUUUAAGUUGUGAAGGUGUCAAAUAUAAUUGAAAGACAUGGCAUAUUGAAUCCAUGCUUGCUAUUUGUGUAGUUAGUUACCCUCCCAUUUCACAAUGUGUUAUGGCACCAUGUUUUCCUUUAUUUGUGCAAACAUUUAGGGUUUUCAAUGCAAAUAACUGAAUGUAUUCUUU